GAUUAUUUGAAAUUAUUUUAUUUUAUCGGGAGGGCUUCACUUAUUAAAACGUUUUUCUUCAAAUCUUCUGUGGUGGAAAUCAUCUCCUAUCUUAACCCCAUUUGUUACGGAAGAGCAUUUACGGUGGCAUGGGAAACAAGCCUGUGGCUGUGAAGCAAGAAAGGAAAGAAGUUUUCUUGAAAAUAGUGCCUCCAGUGGAUCGUGCUUAUGUCCGAUGGCUCACCCGUGAUGUCGAGAGGAUUCAUGGAUUCACCCUGAAAAACCCUCGUGCAGUGAAGCCACCUGAUCAUUAUAUCGAGUACAUGCAGUUAAAUGGAUGGUUGGAGGUGAACUUGGAUGAUCCUGAUCUAGCCCAUUUGUUCAAGUAGAUAAUCUUAUAAUUUAUGACUUAUAUGUAAGGAGGAAAGUGAACGGUAAUUGGAGAGAUGAAGCUGGGCGAUUCUCUUGUUAACUAUGUUAAAAGAUGUCAAUUAUAUAUAGCGGAGAGAUAUACACCAGCAGACUGUGGAUAAUGUUGACAUUGAUGAUUUAAAGGCAAUAUAUGAAAUCAUCUUAGAGUCUCAUGUUGGGUUUUAAUGGGAUUUUCUGAAAAUGGAGGUUCUCUUUCCAUUUAUGUACUGGAAAUUAUAUCUUUUAGUGAACUGAAAAGAUGGCUUUCAGUUGAUUUUUAUUGUCAAUAAGCUUUAUAAACAGAUGAUCCAGAAGGAUAUUGACUUUGUUUUCCCCUUUUCUUUCUGUGAUAUGUAAAAUUUUCUAGUUCAAUCUUC